AUGGUGGGUGGAUCUAUCAUCAUACAUAACAACAUAAGACAGAAAAUACAUAAAAAUCUCAUCGUUUCCGUCAAGGAUUCUAACAUAUCGAAGACUCGUCAUACUACGGUUGCUUCAAAAGAAGAAAUCAUUGUAUAUCAGCUGGUCCUCCUUCAGUCUUCAAUGAAUUCCAAACAAACCAAAGCCAAUGCUGCAGGCAACGAUUUACAAUUUCAUCGAGAAAUCGCUUGUCUCAAACCAUGCAAUGCCGAGGGUUGA